AUGGCAGAUUUAAACAAGAAACUAGAAAAUCUUUCACUCGACUUCUCCAACCAUCAAAACACAUUACAAGAUCUUAUAACAUCGCGAUCUCAAUUGGAAACCCAAUACCAAGAAAACAAGAUUGUUCGUGAUGAAUUUGCCCAAAUUGAUGGAACUAGUGAAAGUUGUAAAAUUUACAAAUUGGUGGGACCAGUAUUGUUGCCGCAGGACUAUUCAGAGGCCGAGAUGAAUGUCAAAAAAAGAAUCGAAUUCAUUGAGGGUGAAAUUAAACGUGUUGAGACAAGGAUUGAAGCAGAAGAGAAAAAAAUGGAGGGUAUUAGAGGGGAUAUCGUGGCAUUGAGAGCGCUGGUGCAAACCUAA